UCUCUCUCUCUCUCUCUUGCAUAUACAAUAAUACAAAUACAAAAUCACAGCUAUAUAACUUUUCUUUCACCUUACUAGUUUCUUAUCAUUUUUCUCACCUAUAAAAACCCCUUAUAGCCUAAUUGUUACGCCUCACUAUCAUCUCUUAAGUUUUCCCAUUUUUGUUUAUUUUUAUUAUUCAGUUUUGCAAGAGAACCUUAUCUCUCAAGCUUCUAACCCCUUCUCAGAGAGAGAGAGAGAGACUUGGUUUUAAAGGGUAAAGUUAUGUGCUCUUUCUCUUCAAAACAAACCCCUUAUGGUGCUCUCUUUUUGACACUUCCACGUCCAUGGCCAUCCAAGAGACACCACAAGCACCUUCAGUUGGGGUUGCUCAACAGAAAGAGAGCACAAUUGAAAGAAGCAAGACAAAGGAAAAGGAUGAUUGUGGUGAAAGCAGAGAUUGAGAUGAAAAACUUGAAAUUGUACAUGGAGAACCAAAGCAUCAUAGAGGAGAAUGAGAAGUUGAGGAAACAAGCCAUGCUUCUGCACAAGGAGAAUCAGGCCCUCUUAUCUCAGCUCCAAAAGAAGCUUUCACAACAAAACAACAAUAACUAGCUAUUAGCUGAUAUAUACAGUUUAUUCAGUGUGGCCAAGAGUAGGAAAAAUUUAAGGGUCUGUGUCAUUGAUCCUUUUUCUGAUAUAUGUUAGCCUUGAAUCUUAACUCUCUCUCUCUUUUCUCUUAUUUUCUUCUUAGUUCGAGGUUAAAUUAAUUAAUUUUCUAGCAAUAAGUUUAGAGCCGUAAAAUAAAGAUAAAUAGGUAAUAUGCCAAGUGUAACCAUUACAUGGAAUAUGGAUUAGUGCAAUGCUGUGUUAGUUCAAAUUUGUCACUUCCUGUUAGUUUCUCUGAUGGUAUGUUUUGAGAAGGCAACACUGAAUAGUUAAUCA